AUGGUCAACCACCGAGCCCUCCUGAGCCUCCUGGCCUUUGCCCAUUCCACCACGGCCUGGGGCGCCCCUGGAUACGGCGGCUUCACUCUCCGAUGGCAAGACUCGUUCCCCGGCGCGGCGGGCACCAGCCCCAACACAGGCAACUGGAAUCUGGUCGACGGCUACCUCAACGUCAACAACGAGCUGCAGCGGUACUCGCCCAGCACGCGCAACCUCCAGAUCAGCGGCGGCCAGACGGUGCAGCUCGUCCCCUGGCGCGACGGCUCGACGCGCAUGGGAUGGACCUCGGGCCGCAUGGAGAGCCGGUACGUCUUCACCCCGGACGCCGGCCGCGUCACCCGGGUCGAGGCGGCCCUCCGGUUCGGGGGCGCGCCGCAGCCCGCAAAGCAGGGCAUCUGGCCGGCCUUCUGGCUGCUCGGCGACUCGAUCCGCCACGGGGUCCAGUGGCCUACCGGCGGCGAGCUCGACAUCAUGGAGCGCGUCAACGGCCUCUGGACCGGCUACGGCACCGUCCACUGCGGCUACUCGGCCAGCGGCGGCCCCUGCAACGAGCCCAACGGCUUCGGCGGCGCCGUCGGCAUCCCGGACGACGGGUGGCACGUCUGGCGUCUCGAGUUUGACCGCCGCAGCGGCGACUGGGCGCAGCAGACUAUCACCUGGUUCAUGGAUGGCCGGCAGUUCCACCAGAUCAGCGGUGCUCGCAUCGGCGACUAUAACCUGUGGGUUGCGCUCUGCCAGAGGCCCCAGUUCUUCAUUCUGAAUCUUGCCGUCGGCGGCAACUGGCCCGGCUAUCCCAAUGGUAAUACCCAGGACGGCUAUGGUAGUAUGAUGGAGGUUGCGUACGUCGCUCACUACAGCACCUAA